UUUUAUCAUAAAAACUAUUGAUUAAAUAGUUAUGAUUUGGCCAAAAAGUUGAUUUUAUUUAAUAAAUACAGUAAUAUUAACUGUUUUAAAUUGAUCAAAUGCAAUUUGUAACUACUAGUAUAUUUUUACACCUUUAAGAAAAAUAUUAUGAAUUUUAAAUAUAAUAAAUUUUGAUAUUGAUUUUAAAAGCAUAAUGAUUUCUAAUAUUGGUGAAGAUGGUGAAAACGAAUUUGUUAAUGAAAGUGAACCAAAUGAAAAUAUUUUGCAUCAUAAAGCUGAGGAAAUUGCUAAACGUUUAGAAAAAUAUAGAGCAAGACAUCAACAACAAACAUCUAGUAGAUCAACUACACCACUACUAAGAUGUCCAUCAUCCUUGUCAAUGGCCAGUAUUGAUUCUUCUUAUCUAUUUGAUCCAGACAUAAGUCAAACUAGCCAAUCUGUUCAAAGAUUACGUCAAUAUAUAGAAGAUGAUAGGAAGUUGCUUGUUGAGAAUGAAACUAAUGUUGAUAUAAUUAAAAACUCUAUAGUAACAAUGCUGGAUUCAUAUGAAAAAAAAUUUAAAACUGAUGAAAAAUAUCUCAAUUCCAGUAUAUCUUCUCAAUGCUGUGAAGACAUAAUUGAAAAACAACUCAAUGAAAAAGCUCAAGAAAAGUUAAAGAAUCAAAUUGAUGACGUAUGCUUAAAACUCAAAGAAUAUGAAAAAGCUUUAGAAAAUAAAGAUAAACUAAUGCUGUUGAAAAAUGCGGAAAUAGAAAAAUUAAAUUACAUGAUUAUAGAAAAAAAUAAGAUAAAUUUACAAACAGUUAAAGAGCUAGAACAGUGUAGAUCUGAUGAAUAUCUAAAGUUUCACAAAAAUUUAGAUAAAAUUCAAAAAUGUUGUGAAAUUUUAAAAUCAAAAAAUAUUGAUUUAAAAGAAGAAAAUUCUAUUUUGUAUGUGGAGAAUAAUAAAUUAAAAGAGGAUUAUGAUAAACUUAGGGAUGAUUUAAAUGAAGCUAUUACAACUCUUCACAAUCAAUCAUCUAUUGUAUCUUUUAGUGUUCAAGAUGUUGAAAAAAUGGAUAAAAUUAUGUAUGACUUCAAUCAGUUGAAAAUAAAUUAUUCUGAAGUUAAAGAAAAAUGUUUAGAUUUACAAAAUAUGAAUGACAAAUUACAAGAAGAUUUAGAAAAUGCUAAUAGUUGCACCAAAUCUAUUGCUGAUAAGGUUCGUGAUGAAGUAUCAGAAAUGAUGUCCACAGAAAUUAAUACUUUGAAAGAUGAAAACAAAAGGUUAAAAAAUGAAAUAGAAAGUUUACAACAGGACAAAACUAAAUUAUGUGAUGAUUUAGAAAAAUUAAUCUCAGAUAAUAAUGAUAGUACAAUAAAAUUUGAUGACUAUAAUAAAUUAAGUGAAAAUAAUUGUUUGUUGCAAAAAACUCUUAAUGAAGUUCAAUGUGAGAAAGAAAAAAUAAUCAAUGACAAUAUUACUCUUAACCAACAACUUCAAAGUCAUAUUUCUCUAAUUCAACAAACAGAAAAUCGUUGGUCUGAGCUAAAAGAAGCAUAUUUAAAAGAUAAAGAUAGAUCUUCCCUAAUGGAAAAAUUAAUCAAUGAGUUAAAAAAUAGUAAUGGUCAAUUAAAUAAUGAAAAUCUAGAACUAUACACUGAAAUAAAAACCUUAAAAGAAAAUUCAAUGGAAUCUUCAAACAUUGAGGUAAACAAUUUGAGUGAAGAAAACAAAAACCUUAAAGAUCAGUUAUCUCAUUUAGAAAAAAUUUUGGAAAAUAUUCAGAUGAAAAAUGAAUUCAACAAUAAAAACUAUAACUUAAAUGAAAAAGUUCAACAUUUAAUUUCAGUUAAAGAAGAAAAUGUUAAGCUUCAAAAGAUAAUUAAUGAGCAUACUCAAGUUGUUGAAAAUUAUAAUUCUCAAAUAAUUGACAUGUGUGCCACUAUUGAGCAACUACAAACUAAUCAAACAAAUACUGUUGAAUUGUCUAUGUUAAAGCAACAAUACAAUGAAAAAAUCUAUGAACUAGAAGCACAUAUUUCAAAAUUAGAAAAUCAACUUGAUUCUAUAAUUAAAGAAAAAAAUACAUAUCUCAAAGAACGAUUAAAUUUAUUAAAUAAUAUUGAGGAAAAAAAAUUAAAUUUAGCAGAACUAAAUUCCAAUAUUACUAGUGUCAAAGAAGAGUUAAAUACCAUUUUAAAUGAAAAUGAACAUUUUUCCAAUAAACAUUUAAGUUUGGUAACUACAAUUACAGAAAAAGAAACAAAUAUAUAUAAUCUAUGUAACAAUAUUGAUGAAUUAAAAAAUCAGUUGAAUAUCACCGAAAAAGAAAAUAAGAAGCUAACUGAAAACCGGUUAGUUCUAGAAACUAACUUUAAUGAAAAAGAAAUUCAAUUAACAAAAUUAAAUGAAACACUCAAGCAAUAUGAAAAUACAAUUUCAGAAAUGGAAGAAAAUUAUAAUAUAUUAAAAAAUGAAAAUCUUGUCCUUACUGAUAAAUUAAAUUACACAUCUGUUUCGGAUUUAGAACAACAGAAUAAAACGUUAAAAGAUCGAUUUCAAAAACAAAAACACUUGUUAAUUUCUAAAGUUAAAGUAUUAAAAGAAUUCGAAAUUACAUGUCAAAAUUUAAAACAGCAAGUUGUUUUAUUGACCGAAGAGCUUGAAAAUAUGAGAAUGUUACAAUUUAAUCAGAGUUUGAAGGAUAAUUCAAGGGAAAAUAGUACUUCAAUACUUAAAAAAUGUGAAAAAGAGCUUGAAGAAUGUUAUGAAAUAUUAAUUUGUAAAUUUAAUGAAUUAAAUUUAGUAAAUAGAAAACAAAAUCAUGAAAUUUAUUUUUUAAAUUGUGUUUUUCAAAGUUUAAAAGAUUUAUUUGAUAAUUCAUUUGAUAAUGUGUCUCAACAAGUCUUAAGGCAAUUGUUAAUUCAAUAUCCUCAUACUGAUGAUGCACUACAAAACAAUUUAGAAAAUUUCUUUUUUAGUUUUAUUAAUUAUUUAGAAACAUCUAAUAACUUUAAAAAUGAUACAAAUGUAGGUGUUGAUGAUGUAAAAUUAAUUGCUCAAAAAGAGGUGGACAAGUUAAUUCAUGAAGCUGUUGAAAAAGCUAAAAUAUCUAAGACAAAUGAAUUUGAACUUAAAGAGCAACAAAGACUUAAAGAUCAGUUAGAAAUUUUGAAACAAGAAAAUGAGUUUUUAAAACAAAGAUAUGAUGAAUACAAUAAUAAAAUCUGCUCUUAUAAUAUUUCAGAUACCAAUGAUUCUUCUACUCAAACUAUAGUUAAUCUUGAUACAGUAAUAAGUCAAAAUAAUAUAGUUAAUGAUCAACAUAAGAUUGAUAGUAAACACAAUUUAACAUAUUCUACUGAAGAAGAUGAAAUUGAUAUUAAAUCCUUACAACAUCGUUAUAAUAAUUUGAAGACUAAGUAUAAGCAACUUAGAACUCAAAAAGUUAAUGAUGAUGAUAACAGAACUGAAUCCACUAAUUUAAAUGAAAUUCUCAGAAAACUAAAUGAAGAAUUAAAAAAAGAAAAAGAAAAAUAUGAUGCAUUGCAAAAAAGAUAUGUGCAAGAUAAUGAAACACAUGUUGAAGAUUUAUCACAGUGUCAGAGUGAAUUAGACAAUUUAAUGUGUGAAAAAUUAGAAACUAAUAAACAUUUAGCAGUUGUAGAAGAAAAAUAUCAAAUUCUGAAAAACGAUUAUGAUCAACUCAAAAGUUGUAGUUUAGAAUUUCAAAAUAUUAAAAUAAAUAAUAGUAUAACAAUGAGUAGUGAUAAUGAUAAAUUUGAUGAAAUAGUUAACACAUCAUCAAAUGAAAAAGAACUGUUAAAUAAUGAAUUAAUUAAAAAAACAAUAACUACCCCUUUAUCUUCUACUUUAUUAACUGAUUCAAAUUUAAAAACUAAAGAAGAAAAUCCAGAACUCCAGCUACGUUCCAUUGCUGAGCGAGAUCGUUUGAUAGAAUUUUUGUCUGAAAAAAUACAAAAAUUAGAAUGGGAGCAUUACAAUAAAAAUUCAAAAUAUAAUGAAGAUAGCAGUAUAUUAAUAAAAGAUCAGUUAGAUAAAGCUUUGGUUGCUGUUCAUGAAAGGGAUGUACGAUGUGAUGAACUUACUUUGGAACUUACACGAUUACUAGAAGAACGUGAUACAUUACAGUUGAGAUUAUCAAAUGCAUUAAAGCAAGUACAACUAUUUGAUGAAGAACAGAAAAUUUUACCAAAGUUUCAUCAACCAAACAUCAAUAACAAAAUAGACGAAUUACGUGAGUUACAGUACAAAAAAGAUUAUGAUUUAUGUGCUGAUCAAGAACGUAGGCAUGUAUCUCAAAUGCAAUUGUUGUGUCAAGACAAAAACUCGUCAGCUACAAAUGCUAACCAAACAUUAUCUCACUCUAUAAACUCUUCAACUGGUGGAUCCAGCUCUAAUAAUUCCAGCUCUCAUUCAUGGUUUAAAGAUAUACUAUGGUAAAUGUACAACCAUAAUUGUUUAUUUUUAAUUUUUAGUAUAAAGUUUCAAUAAUUAUUUUUUGGUUUUUGUUUGAAUAUAUUAAAAUUAUUUUCUGUUUGAUAGUUUGUUUUGUAAAUAUACAGAAUAUCAUUUAUAGAAUGUAUAAUAAAUUUUUUAAUUAUUUAAAAUACAUUUUAAAUUGUUACCUAUUAAAAGAUAUUUAAUUUUUUAUAUACUUAAUCUUUUUAGUAAAUGACAGCUUAGUCAUUCUGUAGAAAUCUAAAAAAUAUUAUUUAUUAAUCAUAGGUGGACUUUUAUUUUGUUAUUAUUUGUUUUUAUGUGUAUACAACACAAUUAAUUUAUUGUUAACCACUAAAUAUCUCCUAAAAUAGUUUUAAUUUUAAGUAUAUGUAUAUUUUUACAAUGUUUAAUAGUAUUUAUUUUUCGAUUUAUAAGUGAUUAAAUAUUUUUUAGGUUCUCUUAUAAAGGUACCAACUUGAUUUGUUGUAAUAGUAACAUACAUUUUUAUUAGCUUGAUGUCAUAUGAUGAUUCUACUAAGAAUCAUCAUCAAUCACUACUAAUCAAUAACAACUUUUGAACUAGUAUUUUGGAAACCAUUAACACUUUAAAAUAUAGACUGGAGGUGUAUUAUUGGACU